AUGCCGGCCACACGCUCCGCACAGCCUGGACCAGGCGCCGAAGGCAAUGCCAAUGAAGACGCCCGUGCCCCGACUGGUCCAGCUGCGAAGCGAAGAAAGACACGUAAAGGAACGAAUAGUUGCUGGGCAUGCAAGCGACGGAAGGAGAAGUGUAUCUUUGACCGCAGUCAGUCCGAAACCGGUGCACAGGCGACCGUUUGUCUGGCUUGUCAACGUCGUGGUACACCCUGUGUGAGCCAAGAAUUCCCGGAUGACUCCACAGAACCUCCAGCUAGGACCGUUCAAGUUGCAGACAGCGCGAUAUGGAUCGAGGCGCUCGUGGAGCAACUGGUCAAGAGAUUCGCUAGCAAUCAGUCUUCUACUGGCCCUACUGGGAGCAAUUCCGAAAAUAUUGCGGCUCGAGACUGUGGAAUCCCCACGCCGGCAACUGUUGAUCUUGAAUCUGGACAGAAUCCGCCUUCCAGUAGUAUUUUAAAGUCUCCUGCCUCUGCGGGGAUCACCGAUGCCUCGACACCUCUAUCAGGUCACCAAGAACAACCCUCUGCCGCAGUUGGUACUUAUACCCGCGACUCGAGAUCCCUUCGACUUCGAAUAUCCGAUCAUGUGUCUCCGGGUUCUGCCAAGUUGGCAAGGCUGUCAAGGGCGUUAUACAAUGCGUUACCUAGCAUUCAAGACAGUGACAUCCUCUGCAGAACUGGCUAUCGCAGUUCUCAGAUGUUUACUGAAAUCCUGACCAUCCCAUACAAAAGUCUUGGCCAAAGCGGCUUGGGAUCGCGAGUGAACAACCUUGUCAGGCCUGGACCUCAAACGCAUCCCGUCUUAUUAGCCAGGCACAUGUUACAGCUCAUGCAUAUUCUACAGCAAUUUCAUCCGAGUUAUGAGGCACUACAAGCAUUGUCUGAGCCACCAGAUCAGAUCCUAGAGCGAUUGACAGAAACCGCCAUUACUCAAGUGUCUACCCAGGACCGAUUCCUUGGCAAUAUCGAAGGCCUGGAAUGCGUCCUGCUGGAGAGUAUGUACCACGCCAACGGUGGCAGCCUCCGACUAAGCUGGGCUGCAAACAGGAGAGCUUUGCAUCUGGCACAGCUGAUGGGAUUCCAUCAAGAUGGCGGCCGGCUCCGUUACCAUAUGUUAGAUCCCACAUCAAAGGCCGAUCCGCGGUCCAUGUGGUUUCACAUUAUCCAGUACGAUUGCUCCUUGUCUCUCUUGCUAGGGCUGCCCCGAGGAUUUCAGGACUGUAAUGUCGCCACUGAGGCUUUGCUCACAGGUGAUAUUGCCCUGGGCCGACUCGAACGGAUACAUUGUGCCAUUGUCACUCAAAUACUGGAUCGUAACAGCUCCAAGCGUCCAGACUUCUCCACCACCCAACAGCUUGAUAGAGAGCUCCAGAAAGAAGCUAGACGUCUACCUAGUAGGUGGUGGCUCCCGCCACGCCUUUCUAACAAGGGGAAAGACGACGAAAGCCUUUUCUGGGACUUGAAGCGACUCAUUGUUCAAAUAUCCCACUAUAACAUACUCAACAGACUACACCUACCGUACAUGCUUCGCGCAUCCAAGGAUCCAAGUUACCAAUACUCCCAGAUUGCCUGCGUGAACGCCUCACGAGAGAUACUCUCACGAACCCUUGUAUUGCAUGAGUUUAAUCGUGUCGCCUUCUGUUGUCGAACGCCAGAUUUCAUGGCACUCAUGGCUGCUAUGACGCUCGUCCUGGCGCAUCUAGACAGUCAUCGACACGCAAGCAGUCUCCUGGUUCAUCAAUACCUUAGCGACCGCGCCAUGAUGGAACAAAUGCAGCAGAGCAUGGAAGAGUAUAGCCGCAUAAACGGGGAUGCUCUUAGUACUGAGAGUGCAGAUCUGUUACGCCGCUUACUUGCCAUUGAAGCUGAAGUUGCCGAUGGUCAUACAGCAAAUACCGAGCGUGUCACUGUCCAGCCACAAGGUGAGGGAGCUCCCGACCACAAUGAGAGUGACGAAGGAGAUGGAGUUGUUCAUGUCCACAUUCCCUACUUUGGUAUCGUCAAGAUUGCCCGCGAGGGAACAAUAUCUAAAGAGACCCUCGGAUCCGCACGAAAGCCGGUAGAAGCACAAUGUGUUCAGGGUCAACAUCCAGAAGUGUCGGAUAGCAGGAACUCGACAGAUUCACGGCAGGCAAUUGCAGAAACUCUUCUGCACUCGCCGCAGUUUGUUUCCGCUGGCCAGACAACAGACUCGAAUGACAUGUGCAGCAGACCAGAUCUGUCGGCCCUAGCGCAGUCUCAGUCGCUAAGCCAUGUCAUGGCCAUCACCGAGGAGACCGAUCCAAGCUCGGCAUACUCGCAGCCACAAGAUAGCUUCUAUGAUCCAUAUAUGCCAGGAUUCACUGCUGGGAUUGAUGAUUGGACGUUUCAGGGGGUCGAUUUGGCAUUUUUCGAGACUCUGGCUAGUGGCGAUGUCAACAGUGAAUUUUAUCACAUGAAUGAGCUGGCAUGGCAAAGUGAUGGGGGCUGA